GAGGGUCUUGGUUGUCGGGAGCAACCUUCCUGGGAUAUGAGGGUUCCAAGCAGCUGGCUGUGUCUCGGGGUGGUGGUUGGUCUCCUGCUGCAGGGAUCCUGGGGACAAUUGGAGGUGUGUGGCCGUCCUCCUCUGAACAGCAGGAUAGUGGGUGGCCAGGACGCCCCAGCAGGUAGUUGGCCAUGGCAGGCCAGUCUUCAGCGCAAUGGCGGCCCUUUCUGUGGAGGAUCCCUCAUCAGCAAACAGUGGAUCCUCUCAGCAGCACACUGCUUUGACAGCACUUCUAAUGCUGGUCUGACUGUACGUUUGGGCCUGGAGGCCCUUGGAGGCACCAACUCCAACAGUCAGACUUUGACAGUAAACCAGAUCAUCCGACAUCCCGACUAUGUCAGUGUUUCCACUGGCAACGACGUCGCUCUGCUGCAGCUUAGCUCCUCAGUGGCCUUUACCAACUACAUCAGCCCCGUCUGCUUGGCUGCCACCGGGAGUGUCUUCAGCAACGGCACCGUUAGCUGGGUCACUGGAUUUGGAAACAUUGAUGAAGGAGUGUCACUGCCCAGUCCUGGAACUCUGCAGGAGGUCGAUGUCUCAGUGAUUGGCAACACACAGUGCAGUACUCUCUACUCCGGUGACAUCACAGACACCAUGAUCUGUGCUGGCGUGCUCACUGGAGGGAAGGACUCUUGCCAGGGUGACUCAGGUGGGCCCAUGGUGAACAAGCAGGACUCUGUGUGGGUCCAGUCCGGCAUCGUGAGUUUUGGUAUCGGGUGCGCUCGACCCAACCUGCCCGGGGUCUACGCCCGCGUCUCCCAGUACCAGGACUGGAUCAACUCCCACGUUGGUUCUGACCAGCCGGGAUACGUGCAGUUCACCUCCAGCGGGGCAGGGGGAGCUAGCACCACCACCACUCUGGCUCCUGCAACGACAACAUCCCUAACUACUACCAAUGGACUCUCUCCUCCAACCACAACAAAGGCCUCAGGUCUGACGACCAGAAACUCAACCAUGAGCCCAGCAGCACAACAGACCCCCAUGAUGCCACCACAGAGCAGCCCAGCCUCAGGACAGACCACCUCGGACCCACUUCUUGUGUGUGGACGUCCUCCUCUGAACAGCAGGAUAGUGGGUGGCCAGAAUGCCUCAGCUGGUAGUUGGCCAUGGCAGGCCAGUUUCCAACGCUAUGGCCGCCAUUUCUGUGGAGGAUCUCUCAUCAGCAAACAGUGGAUCCUCUCAGCAGCACACUGCUUCUCCAGCUCUUCUACCGCUGAUCUGACUGUGCGUUUGGGCCUGGAGGACCUUGAGGGCAACAACACCAACAGUCAGACCUUCACAGUGAGACAAAUUAUACGACACCCCGACUAUGUCAGCUCUUCCUUGGACAAUGACAUCGCUCUGUUGCAGCUGAGCUCUUCAGUGGCCUUUACUGACUACAUCAGCCCUGUCUGCCUGGCCGCCACCGGAAGUGUCUUCCAUAAAGGCACCCUGACCUGGGUCACUGGAUUUGGAAAUGUUGGAGAAGGAGUGUCGCUGCCCAGUCCUGGGACCCUUCAGGAGGUGGAUGUGUCUGUACUGGGCAACAGACAGUGCAAUUGUCUUUACAAUCCCAUAUUCGGACUUGGCAGCAUCACGGACAACAUGAUCUGUGCUGGCCUGAUUACCGGAGGAAAGGGAUCGUGCCAUGGUGACUCAGGCGGGCCCAUGGUGAACAAGCAGGAGUCCGUGUGGGUCCAGUCCGGAAUUGUGAGCUUUGGUUGGGGAUGCGCUAGACCAAGCCUGCCCGGGGUCUACGCCCGUGUCUCCCGCUACCAGGACUGGAUCAACUCCCACAUUGACUCUGACCAGCCGGGCUACGUACAAUUCAACUCCAGCGGUGUAGAUGGCGAUAGCAGCUUCUUCUGUGAUGGACUGCCUCCUCUCACCAACACAUCAGAACAUACAGCUAAUAUAUCAGCAGUGUGUGGCCGUCCUCCUCUGAACAGCAGGAUAGUGGGUGGCCAGGACGCCCCAGCAGGUAGUUGGCCAUGGCAGGCCAGUCUCCAGCGCAAUGGCCGCCAUUUCUGUGGAGGAUCUCUCAUCAGCAACCAAUGGAUCCUCACAGUAGCACACUGCUUCUCCAGCACCUCUACCGCUGGUCUGACUGUAGUUCUGGGCCUGGAAGACCUUGAGGGCAACAACACCAACAGUCAGACCUUCACAGUGAGACAGAUCAUCCGACACCCCAACUAUGUCAGUGCUUCCUCUGUCAACAACAUUGCUCUGCUGCAGCUCAGCUCCUCAGUGGCCUUUACUGACUACAUCCUGCCCGUCUGCCUGGCUGCCACCGGGAGUGUCUUCCACAAUGGCACUAUGAGCUGGAUCACUGGCUUUGGAAAUAUUGACUCAGGAGUGUCCCUACCCAGUCCUAGGACCCUUCAGGAGGUAGACAUUCCUGUGAUGGGCAACAGACAGUGCAACUGUCUCUACAAUUUUCGUGGCAUCAGCAUCACAGACACCAUGAUCUGCGCUGGACUUCAGACUGGAGGCAAGGACUCAUGCCAGGGUGAUGGAGGCGGGCCAAUGGUGAACAAGCUUGACUCUGUGUGGGUCCAGUCCGGCAUUGUGAGUUUCGGAAUCGGGUGCGCCCUACCCAACCUGCCCGGGGUCAACGUCCGUGUCUCCCAGUACCAGGACUGGAUCAACUCCCACGUUGGCUCCGACCAGCUGGGCUUUGUGCAGUUCAACUCCAGUGGUGUAGAUGGCGACAGCAGCUUCUCCUGUGAUGCCGAUGGACCUUCUCCUCAACCCACCACCACCGCAGCCGCAGAACUCAACACCACGGACCUACAGCUCGUGUGUGGCCGUCCUCCUCUGAACAGCAGGAUAGUGGGUGGCCAGGACGCCCCAGCAGGUAGUUGGCCAUGGCAGGCCAGUCUUCAACGCUAUGGCUUCCAUUUCUGUGGAGGAUCCCUCAUCAGCAAACAGUGGAUUAUAUCAGCAGCUCACUGCUUCUCCAGCUCUUCUACCGCUGGCCUGACUGUAGUUCUGGGACUGGAGGAUCUUGAGGGCAGCAACACCAACAGUCAGACCUUCACAGUGAGACAGAUCAUCCGACACCCCAACUAUAUCAGUGUUUCCUAUGGCAACGACAUCGCUUUGCUGCAGCUCAGCUCCUCAGUGGCCUUUACCGACUACAUCCUGCCCGUCUGCCUGGCUGCCACUGGGAGUGUCUUCCACAACGGCACCCUGAGCUGGAUCACUGGAUUUGGGACUAUUGCUUCAGGAGUGUCCCUGCCCAGUCCUAGGACCCUUCAGGAGGUAGACAUUCCUGUGAUGGGCAACAGACAGUGCAACUGUCUCUACAAUGUUGGUGGCAUCAGCAUCACAGACACCAUGAUCUGCGCUGGACUGCAGACAGGAGGCAAGGACUCAUGCCAGGGGGAUUCAGGUGGGCCCAUGGUGAACAAGCAGGACUCUGUAUGGGUCCAGUCCGGCAUCGUGAGUUUUGGGAUCGGGUGUGCUCUGGCUGCCUUCCCCGGGGUCUACGCCCGCGUCUCCCAGUACCAGGACUGGAUCAACUCCCAUGUCGGCUCCGACCCGCCGGGCUUCGUGCAGUUCAACUCCAGCGGGGUAGAUGGUGAUAGCAGCUUCUCCUGUGAUGCCGAUGCAGAACACAACACCACGGACGUACAGCUCGGGAGCUGUUCCUCUCCAACUACACUCUGUUGCCCUGGUCGAAAUGACAGCUGCAGGCGCAGCUACUGCUACUGUGAUGAAUACUGCCUCACAGUCAAGGACUGCUGCAGUGACUACAAACCAACGUGCUGCAGUGACUACAAUUCAACGUGCUGUAAUGACUACAAUUCAACGUGCUGUAGUGACAAUUCAACUUGUACAUCACCCGCAGUGCAAACUACUCAGUCUCCUACGGCUCUGCCACCGCCUACAACUGCAGAACACAACACCACGGACCCACAGCCCGGGAGCUGUUCCUCUCCAACUACACUCUGUUGCCCUGGUCGAAAUGACAGCUGCUGGCGCAGCUACUGCUACUGUGAUGAAUUCUGCCUCACAGCCAAGGACUGCUGUAGUGACUACAAACCAACGUGCUGCAGUGACUACAAUUCAACAUGCUGUAAUGACUACAAUUCAACGUGCUGUAGUGACAAUUCAACUUGUACAUCACCUGCAGCCACCCAAUCAAAUGUCUCGACAACAGCCACUAGCCAAUCAACUGUGACAACAGCAGCCGCCACCCAAUUACCUUCGUCCACUGCUAGCUUGAGGCUGACCCUUGACCGGGAAUUUAGCAAUGAUCUGGCCAACCAAACAUCCACGGCAUAUCAGGAGCUGGAGCAGCUCAUCAAGACACAGAUGGAGCCUGGUCUUCGAGCAGCCUACCCCACCUUUACGGGUUUAACUGUCAACAGCUUCAGGUCUGGGUCUGUAAUCGCUGAAACCACUCUGGCCUUCAGCUCCUCUUCAGCCCCAACUUCAGACAGCAUCACCACUACUCUCAACUCCUCUAUUGCUAAUGGUGAUAUAAUCCUCAACAUCACCUCCUUCCAGGUGACCACAGCUACCACAAUCACUACUGCCGCUGCCACGACAACCACUGCAACUUCAACCACUACUACGACUCCAACCACUACAACUACAACUCCAACCACCACUACUACAACUCCAACUACCACCACCACGACUACCACAACCACCACCACCACUACCACUACAGCACCAACCACCACCACCACCACUACGGCUCCAACCACCACCACCACUACGGCUCCAACCACCACGACUACCACCACCACCACUACGGCUCCAACCACCACGACUACCACCACCACCACUGCCGCCCCCACCACCACGCAGGUCCCCAAGCCCACGGUUGCUAUGCAGAUUGUCAUUGCCAUUGUCUUCACCGAGGAGCUUAGCAACCCCCAGAGUUCAGAGUUCAAGAAGCAGGCUGAGGAGGUCGCAGCAGUGUUUGACAAUAUCUACAAGAACAAAUAUGGAGAACGAUUUGAGAGGACAAUUGUCAAAGGCUUCAGGCAGAAAAAGGCGGGCAGGAGGAGCACUCGCUCAGCUACCAGGACUGACGACGUGGAGACGGAUGUGGAACUGGUCUUCAAUGAGGGGUCAACCGAGCCUCUUCCUGAGAGUACCGACAUAGCAGACACCCUGGUGGAGGCCGUCAGCAACCCUAGCGCUAACAUCAGCCUGAAUAUGGAUACCAGCUCUGUCACCGUCACAAGUGCUCCGAGGUCCAGCCCUAACGUCCAGUUCAAAACCAAUGAGAUGUUUACAGCUGACCUGUCCGACUCCAGCUCCACGGCGUAUCAGAAUAGAGCCAUGCUCAUCAAAAAAGAGCUUGAGCCGUUCUUCUUCCAGGAUUUCUCAGGAUUGUUCAUAAGUCUGACUGCCAGGAACUUCAGCCAAGGCUCGAUCAUCCAUAAUACGGAUCUGACAUUCACGGCUGACGGCACUCUUCCCAACACCACGGAGAUAUACGACACCAUGUUGAGAGCAGCCCAAAGUGGAAACCUCACUUUCACCAUCACCUCACUCAACAGCAUAGCUGUUUCCUCUGGCAUGGCCUGUAGUGUCAACAGUGUCGUCACCUGGACUCUGGUGGGCGGGGCUCUCCUGCUACAGGGGCAGUGGUUGGCUCUGUGAAACGCCACUCACCAAAGCGUCCAAUGACGUGAGGACUUACUCACAGAGGAAAGAGAAUGAUACAAAUGAAGAAUUCACUGUUCCACAAACGCCUGCCAACUUAGCAAGAGUUCCUGGAUGAUGUGGGACAAUUGAAAUUGUGUGGUAUUUUCUUGGUUUUUUUUUGUUUUUUUUUCUUUGUGUUUUUUUUGUCCUUUGUGUUUCUUUGUUACUCAUUGUUCAAUAAAAAAGGUUUUUUUUAA